AUGGGAACCAACACCGGUCUGGACUGCGCCGUACAUCAUGUUAUGAAGGAGGACCUUGCAAAGGAGACAGGUACCACCGCCGUGCUUGCAGCAGUGGCUACUCGAAGAAAGAGGGCGCCCUGCCCAAGAGUGUCAAGUCGACAUUUUGAUACUGAAAGCAAGGCUACCUCUAAAGCAAGUGCUGACCAGCUCCCGAAAGCGUUGAAGGGCUUGAAGGGAGAGCGAAGAAGCGAGUACUUCAAGUCAACCCCGGAUUCUUGUGCCGGCAGCGCCAGCAGCUUCGAUUGGGGCUCGGCUUUCACGGAGAAAGCCUUUGUCGCUCUGAAAAGCUGCGAACACUUUGAACACACAGGCGUGCGCCACGUGUGCAAGAAGCGGUGUUACUUCCGAGCUUACGAGCCCGUAAGAAAGUGGCACGCUCUUCGGUUAGCCGUGGCAAGAGUGGGGGCAUCGACAGGGGUGCUGACUGGAUGGUGUGUCCAAAUGGACGGAGGUCAGGCUGCCGAAGACUCGUGGCGUAUCAGAUACGUUGCUCCAGAUGGGAGCGUGUUUCCUUGCGUCCAGCCGGUGCUGGAAGCCUUGGGCUUGGGACAUGGCGUCAGCGGCUACCCAACGUCGCCUCCCUCGCUACGAAGAAAAAGGCGAACGCCAACAACUUCGCCCCAGCCACUACCUGCGGCCUGUGCAACAAUCAGGCACCACCCGAACGGGUCCGCUUAUUUACUGAAGAAGCCACGACCUGGGACGUUUCCUCCAUCCCCGUUCGGAUUGAUCGAAGAACUCCUGGCCGAUGACCCCUGGAAACUGUUGAUUGGAUGCAUUAUGCUGAACCAGACCACCAGGUCGCAGAUGGACCCGGUGCUGGUGCGAUUUCUGGAAAAGUUUCCAACGGCCGACGUAGCUGCGGCAGCUAGCGUGGACGAGAUGACUCGAGUGGUGGCCCCUCUUGGGCUUCAGGAAAGAAGACCCAUUGCAAUAAUCCGCUUUUCACAGGAGUACCUCUCCAAGGCGUGGACAAACGUCAAGGAACUGUACUGGGUCGGGAAGUACGCCGCAGACGCCCACAAGAUAUUCAUCGAACGAAAGUGGCGCGAAGUACAACCCGACGACCACGCGCUGAACUGGUGGGUGGAGUGGAUGCGCGGCACGCAGCAAGCGGGGGAACCGUUCUCAGCAGCCGAGCGCUCUGUCCCUGCCCUUGAGGAGGUUGGGCUUCACGGAAGUGCUAGUACCUCCAGUGGAAAGCAACUCGAGUUCUGA